UUUUCAGCACGGAAUGUUAUAACAUAUAUAUAUCUCUAGAUUUCUGGUUACUGACUAACCCUGUCAAAGAGGCAUAGAGAUCCAGGAGAGAAUAAAUUUGUCCAAAAACAAGAAUACCCAAUUCCUGCCAUCCUCCUUUGGAAGUCUUACGACGAUGAUGACGUUGAAGUUGAGUGGAUUCUGCGACUGUGAAGGAUGCUGGCGUAAGGUGAAUGAUGCUCUCUCCGGUAUCAAAGGGAUUAAAGGGAGAUUAAUAGACAAAAAGAAGUUCCUUGUCACUGUCAAUGUCACUGGCACUGUGGACACUGAAGCCUUGGAAGCAAGAUUGGCUAAGAUAAGAAAGGGUGUCAAGGUUGAGGUUAUAUUCCAAGGUGACGGGGAAAAGAAGGAAGAAGAAAAGAAGCCGAAAGAGGAAGCUAAUUUUAAUGGGCCCUAUAAUGAUCCCCAACCCUAUGCUUAUUUUAAUGGGCCCUAUAAUGAUCCCCAACCGUAUGCUUAUUUUAAUGGGCAGUAUAAUGAUCCCCAACCCCAAGGUCUUGCUGAUGGUAGUGGGCUCUAUAAUGAUCCCCAACCCUAUGCUUAUUUUAAUGGGCUCUAUAAUGAUCCCCAACCCUAUGCUUAUUUUAAUGGGUCCUCUAACGAUCCCCAACUCUUAGGUCUUGCUAAUGGUAGUGGACCCUAUAAUGACGCCGAAGCUGGUCCAUCUAAUAUAGGGGGAUAUAGUACUGAGCCCAUGGGUGAACAGAACUUAGAACACGAGCUUGCAAGAUAUCUGUGUGAUUAUGGGCUUGACUAUGGCCCACACUUUCCUUUUGGCGAAGAUGUCGUCCCACCCUAUGUUUAUUUUAAUGGGUCCUAUAAUGAUCCCCCACCCCAAGGUCUUGCUGAUGGUAGUGGGCCCUAUAGUUAUCCCCCGGCCCAAGACCUUGCUCAUGGUAACGGGCCCUAUAAUUAUCACCCAUCGCAAGACCUUGCUGAUGAAAUUUCCAAUGCAUGUUCUAUUAUGUGAGCUAUUCAUUCAAAAAGAAAUAAAAAUCGACUACAGUAAGUAGUGGAUGGUA